UUCCUCCUGUGCAUAAGUGUUCAGAUGAUUGCCAUUGCGCCCAUGGGAGGUGCGGGUGCCUACAUCUUCACCACAUCCAUCUCCUUCCUUCUCAUGCUCAUGUCCAUUGCUGCUACCAAGGACCAUGGCAGCAGCUACCUCGCGAGAGGUUCCUCGGUCUCCAUCGACGAAGGUACCAGUACCACCACCCCCGUCCUCGUCUCGCCGAACGGCGAGUUCGCAUGUGGCUUCUACAGGGUGGCUACAAACGCCUUUACCUUCUCCGUCUGGUUCACCGGCUCGUCGGGGAAGACCGUCGCUUGGACGGCCAACCGCGACGCACCGGUGAAUGGCAGAGGGUCUAGGCUCGCCUUCCGGAGAGACGGAGGUUUGGACCUGCUCGACUACAAUGGCGCCGCCGUCUGGAGCACCAACACGACCGCGACUCGUGCCAGCCGUGCUCAGCUUCUGGACUCCGGCAACCUUGUCAUCGUGGAUCCGGACGGUCAGCAACUCUGGAGAAGCUUCGACUCGCCGACAGACACACUUCUGCCAUCGCAGCCGAUGACUCGGAACACAAAACUGGUAUCUGCCUCUGCGAGAGGUUUGCUCUACUCAGGGUUAUAUACAUUGUACUUUGACAGUGACAAUCAGCUAAAACUCAUCUACAAUGGCCCCGAGGUUAGCAGCAUAUAUUGGCCCAAUCCUUUCAACAAACCAUGGGAAAAUAACAGGACUACUUACAACCGUAGCCUUCAUGCAAUUCUUCAACCGACAGGACAGUUUUCUUCAAGUGAUGACUUUGAGUUUGAAGCUUCUGAUUUUGGUGAUAAGGUCAUGAGGAGGUUGACUCUGGAUUACGAUGGCAACCUUAGGCUGUAUAGCCUAAACACGAUAAGCGGCAAUUGGUCAGUCUCUUGGAUGGCAUUCAGUCUGGUUUGUGACAUGCAUGGACUGUGUGGCAAAAACAGCCUCUGCAAAUAUAUACCUAAGCUUGAGUGCUCUUGCCUUGAAGGCUUCGAGGUGGUUGAUGGAAGCAAUUGGAGCAAAGGAUGCCGGCGCAAGGUAAACAUAAGAGCUAACCGGGACAAACAGAUAAGACGGAAGGCAAACAUCUCCACCCAGGAUUUCUCAUUCAGAAAGCUUGCCGACACCGACUUCUAUGGGUAUGAUUUUGGCUACGCUGAGCAUGUGCCAAUUCAGAAGUGCAGACAUAUGUGCUUGAACAAUACUGAUUGCGAAGCUUUUGGUUACUGUCAGGGAAACGGAAAAUGUUAUCUGAAGGUCUAUCUUUUUAACGGCAAAAUCUUUCCAAAUCAGCACAAUGACAUUUAUCUGAAAGUUCCCAAGGGAGCCUUGUCUUCGUCAAAAUUGGCUUCUUCAGUAACUCACGCAUGCAAAUUUAAUGAAAAGGAAGCCAACGUCUCAUCGCAAAUGUUGAAGGAUGGCUCUUCCAAGUUCAAUUUUGGUUACUUCCUCUCUUCUGCAUUAACACUGUUUCUCACUGAAAUAACUUUAAUCGUUGCCGGGUGUUGGGUUGUUUACAAAUGGGAAAGAAGAUCCGAGAUUACAGAUGAAGGUUACAAGAUAAUUUCCAGCCAGUUCCGAAUAUUUAGCUACAAGGAGUUACAGAAGGCAACCAAUUGCUUCCAAGAAGAGAUAGGAAGUGGUAGAUCAGGAGCAGUUUACAAGGGAGUCCUCGAUGAUGAAAGGAAGGUUGCAGUGAAGAAGCUAAAUGAUGUGAUCCAAGGAGAGCAGGAGUUCAGGUCUGAGCUAAGUGUCAUAGGCACAAUUUAUCAUAUGAAUGUUGUCAGAAUCUGGGGGUUUUGUGUUAAGAAGACGCACAAGCUCUUGGUUUCUGAGUUUAUUGAGAAUGGUUCUUUAGCCACAGUUCUGUUUGAUUACCAGAGCCUAUCUCCUGUGCUUCAAUGGGUCCAAAGGUACAAUAUUGCACUUGGGGUGGCGAAGGGACUGGCCUAUCUCCACCAUGAGUGCCUUGAAUGGAUUGUUCAUUGUGAUGUCAAACCAGAGAACAUAUUAUUGGAUAAAGACUUUGAUCCCAAGAUUGCAGAUUUUGGACUGGUGAAGCUACUUAAACGUGGAUCAAGCGCACAAGUGUUGUCAAAAGUGCAUGGGACCAGAGGGUAUAUUGCACCAGAAUGGGCUCUCAAUCUUCCAAUCACUGGUAAGGCAGAUGUUUACAGCUACGGAGUAGUGCUUCUUGAGUUAGUGAAGGGGAUUCGGGUUUCCAGUUGGAUGGUUGAGGGUGAGGAGGUGGAAAUGGCUGUUAGAUGCUCUGCUGAAAUUCUUAAGGAGAAACUAGCAGGCGAAGAUCAGUCAUGGCUUCUAGAUUUUGUUGACUACAGGCUGGACGGAGAUUUCAACUAUUCAGAAGCGAUUGUGAUGCUUCAGAUAGCAGUAUCAUGUUUGGAAGAAGAAAGGAGCAGAAGGCCAAGCAUGAGCCAUGUUGUCGAAACUCUGCUUUCACUGGCGGAAUGAAGUUCAGUACUGUCAUUACUACUGAUACAGCCAGAUGAUGGUGUGUAAUGUAUAAAAAGUAAUGUCGUAGAAAAUUUGCUAUAAGCCUUUUCCUAUCAUAUGUAGAGAAUAUACGGAUUUGUAUGGCCAUCUAUAUUUUAUAUUUUUAAGAUGGAGUACUAAGCUAGCAAGUACUGUCUCUGUUUCAAAUUAUAAGAUGUUUUGA